AUGACAAAGUCAAGAAAACAAGCACUCGAGCAUUCCCAAAAGAACAAUGAAGUUUUUAGGGUUCAGCAUAAACUCAGCAGAGAUGACAUUCAAGAUAUUACAAAGAAAAGUAAAGGAUAUCCUAAGAGAAUGCCAGAAAGUGAGCACUAUAAAGGUAAUUCAUAUAUGAAAAUUAGCAAUCCUAUUAGGCAAUGUAAAUGCCAUCAUAGAAACAAUCUUUCCAGCAAGACUGUUUUGAGGAUUCUGCUUAGGGACAAGACUGGGCAAUAA